UUUGAUGAUGUUGUUUGUCAUCUAAUUAGAUUACUAAAUGUGAUUGGAGAAUAAGUGAAUAACCAUUCUUUUCUUUUUUUUUGUGUGUGAGGCAAGGGCAGAAAAACUGCAUUACAAACUUACAGUCCCAUUUAAUUGGUGUCAUCUCUAGAUGGACACGAACUGGACCCAACCAGUCCGAUAGGGGUUGUACGGCCUGGUGAGCAAACUACACCGCCUGGUGAGCAAACUACAUCAGGCAUACUGGAUGAUCUCUAUCCUUUCUCACUUAGUGACACCAAAAUGGAUAUUUGGGAAAUGUAAGGUGGAUUAAGGGGAGCAUAAUUUAACAUCUUAGUCAUGCAAAUGCCAGGAUUUCUGUUGUUGGGAAUGUAGCUAGCAGUGGGUACUAGCACUGGUGUGGACAGUGGGCACAGGUGCGCGGCAGUAUCUUGCCUAUCUUCAGAUGUGGGCAUGUUACUGGCACAUUCAUGGCAUUACCAGCACAUGCCAUCCAGCUAAACGCUGACAUGAUGUUGAAGAUGGUCACACCUUGCAUCUGGUUGUUAGACAACCACAUCAGUCCACGCCAUCACCAUCAACAGGUCAGAUGGGAAAUGAAGGUGCAUCAGGCCAGUCAGAUGCUUCUCGUAAUCAUGGUAGUCAAUCAACUCGUACCUUAGUAUUUGAGACUGUUAAUAUUGGUCAAGGUGAUCAUCGUACUCAACUUUCUCAGAUUAUAUCCAGCAUCUUAAAUGCUGUUGCGACAAGAAAUACCGGAUCCCAGACCUCAGGCCCCAAUCUUAGGAAUUUGAGCGCAGGAGCAUCUGUUGAUUAUCCGGGUAUUGAGCUUGGUUCAGGGCAGGUUCCUAACCAAUUUCACUCUGCAGUUCCAUUGGGGUCUGAGCAGCCAACAGUAAUACCUGAUUCUUUGACCACUAUACAUCAGUAUUUGGGCUUCAUGAGGGAUGAGUUUACGAGGGAAGGCUUAAGUGCUAAUGGUGGGGAACACAGAAAUGAAGCAAGCGCUGCUUACAUGAACAAUGAUAGCCUUCAGUUUCACCAGUCUUUUAGUCCGGGUGGUCUACCUAGUCCAGCAUCUUUGGUAGAAGUACUGCUUUCUACAAGACAACUACUAAUGGAACAGGCUGAUGGUUACAUAUCUCAAUUUGCAAGAGGUCUAGAGGAUCAAGUAAAUUUGACCGAUCCUCUUGUGCGUUUAAGACUUCAAAACAGUGUGUUCAGAUCAGGAGUUCUGUUGCAAAAUUUAGGGUCCUUACUUCUAGAGCUGGGUCGCACAACAAUGACAUUGCGCUUGGGUCAAACACCAUCUGAAGCUGUAAUUAAUGCUGGACCAGCAGUUUUCAUCUCUGCAUCUGGUCCAAAUCCUGUGAUGGUUCAGCCUGUUCCUUUCUAUCCAGGAUCAAGUUUUAGUCCGCGUGUGGGAGCUACAUAUGCUGGUCAUGGUUCACAAGGUGAACCACUUGGUCCUUCAUUGGUUCCAGGAAAUAUCAGCAUACGUUUCCGUGCCGGUCGGCCAGUACCUGUUUCCCCUCAUAACCAAACUGAGCAGGGUGUACAACAACAGCAAGAAACCACAAAUCCAACAAGAAAUUCUUCUGCUGCAAAUGCUGCUCCUCAAGCAUUUUCAGGGGUUUCAAAUAAUGCAUCUCUUUCUGAAGAGUCUGGAGUAAGAGUGUUGCCUAUAAGAACAGUGGUUGCAGUACCUGGUGGAGUCAACCGCUCUACCUCUGAUCCAUCUGGUUCUAGUGCAGUUGGGCUAAUCUACCCUCUUCUAGCAAGGGUUCAGCAUGUUGCUACUGGGAGUCUGGAUGAUGCUAGGGGCACUGAAUCAUCUAAUGAGAUAAAUCACGAUGGCCAUAAUGCUGAAGAGCAAGCAAAUAUUGGAUCCACUAUGCAUGCACAAAACCUAGAAUCCACCAUUGGAAAUUUUAUUAAUGAUAUCGACAGCACGCCUGCAAAUGCCGUUCCUUUAUUUUCGGAGUUUAACCCCUCAGUAAAUGAAUCAGCUUCGUAUCAAGGGUCUUUAAGGGACUUCAUUAGUGCAGGCCAACAGGGGCCACCUUCCAGUAAUAGCACAAGUAACACCGAAGAGCUUGGCCAUAUUUCUCAGCUGGCUAGCAGAUUGGAUCAGUGGCUGCAGUCAAUUUUCCCUGGAGAGCAAGUUGUUGUUGGAAGCAGUAGUCAUCAGGAAAUGACUAGAAGUUCUGUCACAGAUCAAACAGACAUAGGUAGGAACUCCCAACCUGAGGAGCAUACGGGUGUAGGUGAGGAUGAAGGAGUAUUCUUUUCUAGGUUGGUGCGGAAUCUUAUGCCAUUCAUAUCUCAAGCGACAUCGACAGGCCAAGAUGGGUCACCAACCAGUCAUGGUUCUUCAACAGCACAUGUUGCGGGGGAGAACUUGAAUGACUUGAGUAAUUCUCAAAGUCGUCGAGAUCCACCUGAGGCCCCUAGUUCCAAACGCACAAGGAGAGACUGAUUUAUUCCAAGAUUUGCACUCUGAAGAUCUUGACAAUGCUAGUGAAAAGCCAUCUCAUGGUUCAAUUGCCAACAUGUGAGAAUGUUGUAUUUGCCUCUCUGCGGGAUUUUCUAGUUAUUAUUGUUUUGCAGCAGUACAAGUUCAUAAGGAUGGUUUCCGGCGUCACAGACGAGAGAGACUAUCAGGGUUGGAGUAUCAAAAACGAAAGGAUUCAAGAUGAUGGCAAUUUCUUUGUUUUGCUAUAUUAUAUAUACUAUCGCUUUGUACCCAAAAGACUGUACAUUGAUUAUCAUAUUUAUAGUUUGUGGCAUGAACAUGGGGAGUUAUAUUCAAAUACUCUUCAAUAAAAGUAUUAUCAUUUGUCUGCCCA